CAGUUAUGGUCGCGAGAUACACCGCGAGAGUAGAUUGUAACGCUAGUAUUGGCGGUUAGUUGACUUUAACUAUACGUUAGCGCGCCCGUCAGUUAACUGUUGUAUAAUACACGUAUAUGUAUUAGCCAAAUUACGUGCGCGGGAAGCUUGUUCGUUUUGAAUACAAACUAAUAAAGAAGCAAAAUGCAACAUAUAAAAGUGACUUAAAAUAAAAUAUUAGAGUUUCAGUGAAAUCUACAAACCACUAAGAACGCGUUUCAUUUGAGCAGCUUCUUCAGUAGCUACGUCACAUUGAAGUACAAGCAAGUGUUGAGUUACUCGCGUUUCAAAUUAAGCAUGAAUGAAACACAGGUAAAUAACUUUCUUCGUUGCCUACUGCAUAUCGAUGAUUAUAAUUAUUUGGCAUUGCACACACAUGCCGCUGGAAGAGGAGCACUAAACUCCAGUGCGACACAGCAUCCCCAGGCAGCACAAAUCCUUGCGACCGAUCCUGAUCACGACCAUGAUCACGACCACAAUCACGACCAUGAUCAUGGUGAAUCGGAUGGUCAUGAUCUGCUAGUCGCCAAAGCCACCGCCAUGGUGGUACUCUUCUGUGCCAGUACAUUAUGCGGCAGCAUACCUUUUGUGCUCAAUCGAUUCUUUCGUUGGACCGAGACAAAUGCCAAUGCACGCUCAGCUACAGUAGUGAAAUGUUUAUUAUAUUUUGGUGGCGGCGUGCUGUUAGCCACCACAUUUCUGCAUCUGCUGCCCGAAGUGCAAGAAGCCGUCGAACAAUUACAGGAGUGUAACAUAAUUCCCACUUUGGGGUUUAGUCUGGCUGAGUUGCUUAUGUGCACCGGCUUCUUUCUCAUGUAUUUGAUAGAGGAGGGCUUACACACCUAUAUACACCGACAUAUGCGAUUGAUGGAUCGUGAUGCUGGCGCCGGAGCAGCCUUCGAGCGUGGUCGUAGCAUACGCAACAGUUAUUUAGUGAGGGGCAACAAAUCCACCAAUGAGUCAACAGCAGAUUUUAUUACCAAUGAGCAUAUUACGCUGGAUAAAAAUACUGCAACCAAAACCAUUGCGGCAACAGCACCUCCCUGCAAUCCCAGCUCACCAAGUGAUGUUGAUAACAUCGUAAGUGCCGCAGGUCGUCCAGCAACACUAUCAUUGCAAAAUCUCAUAUCCAAUGACAUAGAGAACCAGAAGUACAAUCAGCAAGCGCAACACAAGGAGCCACAGAAAUAUGAACCGCCACAAACACACCACCAUCACCAUCACCAUCACCAUCAUGACCAUCAGCACCAACACAGCCACGAUCAUGCGCAUGGGCAUGGCCAUGGUCACUCACAUAUGCCGAUCGGCAAUAUGGGUGAUGGUGAAGAUGCGCUCGCAUCGUCGCUACGCGGUCUAUUCAUAGUGUUGGCGCUGUCGUUGCAUGAACUAUUCGAAGGUAUGGCCAUUGGCUUGGAAUGUAAUGCGUCGGAUGUAUGGUUCAUGUUUGGUGCUGUAUCGGCGCAUAAACUGGUGUUGGCAUUCUGCGUGGGCGUCGAGUUAAUUGUGGCACGUACACGCUUCGUGCUCUGUACGGUAUAUGUCUUGACAUUUGCCAUAGUAAGUCCGAUUGGAAUUGGCAUUGGCAUAUUGAUUAGUCAUAGUGAUGGCAUCACAUCACCCAACAUACCCUCAGCCAUAUUGCAGGGAUUGGCCUGCGGCACAUUGUUAUACGUGGUCUUCUUUGAGAUCUUGUCGAAAAAUCAUGCCGGACUGGUGGCCUACUUUUCAUUGCUGGUCGGAUUCCUAGUCAUGUUCGGACUACAACAGUUGGGAUCUGAGGGCCAUGGACACAGUCACGGCAGUUGUGGUACUGAUCAUGAUCACGAUCACGAUCACGACCAUGACCAUGACCACAAAACAAUACUGUUAAUGCAGCAUGCGUAUACAACGCAGGCGUCAAUACCAGCCACAACAUCACAAAGUCAACACCACCUCGCUCAGGAGCAGCAGCAGCAGCUUGCGGAUGACAACGGCGACUUUAUGCGUGAAUUGCAGAUCUUGCGACAAGCAUCUGAUAAGCUAUUUUCAAAUACUAAGAAAGUUCAUUAAUUUAUUACUACGUUGUUCAUAAUUUUUAUAUUUACAUCCCGAUUAUAUUAUGCGUUUUAGUUGUUUUUGUAUGUAAAUAUGUAUGUACAUAUGAAUGUAUAGUAGGUGUCAUGAAAUACAUGCCUUAAAAAUA